AUGGCAAGCUCGGAUGCAUCAAGCUGGUGCUUCGUCUGCGACAAUCAAGGUGCUCGGCGUUGUGCAAAAUGCAAAAGUGCCCGCUAUUGUUCGACAUCAUGCCAAAAGGAAGACUGGCCUACUCACAAGAUAGUUUGUACAAGCUUCACGACUCACGUCGCAUCAAACCGGCCAACUGACGAUCAUUUUCGCGUCCUUCUUUUCCCAGUUGAUGGAAAGCCAGAGGUUAUCUGGCAUGCCUCCGAGUGGCACAUUGACGACCAAGAGGAUGAAUGGGAUUACAGAUAUCAAUCUUUCGAGACGAGGUCAAUUCUGGGUUCGGACGCUCUUACGAAGAUGGCUCCAAUUCAGCGUAAUCCCAGGUUGAAACGAAACCUCCUCAAUACGAUAUAUAUUGGCCAUCGCGACACUUUCCUCAUUGAUGGGUCAAAACCCAACCGGAGUGUUGCGCGAGCCACUUCCACACAGCCCGGACAAUACCACGACUGGAGAGGACCUAUUUUUGCCUAUGGAAUGACUGGCCUUGGAAUAGAUCAGCAAAAAUGCAGAGAUCUUGAUAUGGAUGACUUUCGACAUAUAUUCGACUACUUCCUGAGUUACAGUUACACACCGGCAACUGCCGCCCAAACGAUUAAGGCUGUCAGAAUCAAUUGCCUUGGCGACCAAAAGAUGUGCAACAAACCAGCCUUUGAAUCAGUCGAGAUUCUUUCCACUGAUCCCAUUUUUGACAACCAUGACAUGUCAGGCAUUGCACACCGCAUUGGACUCCCCAUAUUCACACAUGGCCUUCCUCCAAACCACUUGGGCUGA